GAUUUGGACUACAUGUGUUUUCCACCUACAUGUUUAAAAAUCGUAAUGUCCAAACAUAAACAUAAUCACAUUUAAGAAUUCAAUGGAUUCUACUGAUGAAGUUCAGUACAUUCAAUUCUUAUCAAAAAGAUGUGUCCUUUUCUGAAUAAAUACACCAUGGUUUGUCAGACUGAAGCUGUCAGCACAAUCACAUGACCUUUCACUCAAAACUGACCUACUAGACAACACACAGUAGAUACCUCAUUUAACAGUAGUUUGUCUUUGGAUCACUCUGAUAAUCUUAUGUUCUUGAAUGACCAUUAUUAUUUAUACUGCUUUAAUUCGCAUAAACUAGUGGCUGGGCUGUUGUGAUGUGUCCCUGUGCUGUUGUAUACUCAAUCAAAUUUAACAUUCAUGCAGAAAGUCCAAGGAACUAUGCAGACAUUUUACUGUCUUGGAAGCACUUUCCAAAUAUCUGCAUUUAUGAUUUUGCAAGAGGAUUAGUAACACAUACCUAUCUGAGGGAGCUACAGGUUCAGCCUUUCAGUCCAAAUGAGGGAAGACUUGCCAAAUCAACACCCGAAAAUAUUGUGCUUGCCAAAAAGGGAGAAUUGAGGAUUAACCUGCCAUGGCUUUUAAAGAAGAGAGAGGAUCCUGAUUCUGGUCCUGAUGUGCAUCCUGUCAGUGGCUCAUCUGAGCAUUAUGCUCUUUAUGAUACAUUUCACGAUCAUAAUACCAAGGAUACGAAAGAUCUAUUAUGCAGAAUUGAACUUGUGCCUGAGUUGGCUAGAUGGCUUAACAGUCAAUCUGAAGAACAACUUUUCGCAUCUUUGAAAAAAAACAAUUACUUCAUGAACUUGCUUUCACCUUCUGCUCGCAUUUUUUUGAUGAGGUCAAUUAUACACUUUAGGAAUGAGUACAAAACAAAAAAAACAAUUCACGAAUAUCAAAAAGUCUUUGGUCGUGACCCCAAAAUCGAACUUGAUUGUCAUGGAAGAGCAAAAUUAGCCUUGGAUAUGACAAGUACACAAAAGUUCUUGAAAAGAGGCCAUCCUUUUGAAAGCAAGCAUGAGGCUACAAAAGUCUUAAUCAGUUAUGAAGAAUCUAGUGAAAUGGACAACAGUGAGUCAGAGGAUAUAAUGGCAAAAGCAUUGUUAUGGAAUCGGGAGCCUAAUCUUGAGCAAAAGCAAUUGCUUGCAUACGUUCUUGAUCCCAAAGGAAUUCCGAUUGAAGAAAUAGCCAGAACUGAUAACACUGUCUUAAACAGAGCUGACUUCCUUUCCCUUGGCCUGUCUGCAGAAUUGGAAGCAACUAUUGGAAACUGUUGUCUGAAGAUCAUUGGCCAGAUUGUACAGCAAUGUGGAAAAGAUGCUUAUGUUGCAAAUGCUUAUGUGGUGCCCACAUGGCUCCCUCCUCUUUCUCAAGACCCUUUCAUGACUUUUCCGAAUGACAUAGCAUCGAAAGAUGUUAUCUUCCUCCCCUCAUGGCAUCCAGGUCACUGGUUCAUUGUUAUUUUGUAUCCAAAAAACAAAAUUAUUCACUUUCUUGACUCCAGUGAUCAUCAUGGCUUUGGAGACGGCCGCUAUAUUGAAUUGUUCAGGUUUAAAAACUUAAGAAAAAAAAAAUGA